GACCAAGCCUCUAGAUUUCACAGUCAGAGAUGUGGGACUGGACUUUCGUUUCGACUGCUUGCGUAAUCAGCCGACGGACAUUCGUCCUGCGAGCGAGAUGCACCCAGUACUCACCCCUGCGAGAGACAGGCGCACGAGCACACAAGAGCAUACACCCACAUACACACAGCACACUACCAUACAGACACAGCACACAUCGCUACAUACACAGCCCACUUCCACAGCAGCACGUGUACAGCCGUCUAAAUGUCAACCAGGGCUACCCUUGGCAUCUGGAGAUGCUUCAGAUGUGUUUAUGGAAACUUCGCCUGGCAGGUUGUUGUGCGGAUGUCACGCAUUGGACAACAGUCUCAACAAUCAUCUGCGUUGCUAUCGGUUGGAGUGCUCUCCAGAGCCGGCCUUGCCAAUGGACAGGACUGUACUUACGGGCCCCGCACACCUCGCGUAUACCUUCCGCGGGUUCUACCUGCUCACCCACGACGCGACUAUUGCGCACACCACACAUGACCAAAUUCCAGAGCCGAACUUCGGUGGAUUGGCGGGCGCACGUUUGGAGGAGUGCACAAUGCCUACCCACGUGUUUGACGUGGAGACGUUAUGUGAUCUAGGCGACUAUCUCUUCCACGUGGUGCUCCAAUUAGUCGACUGGUGGCCCCAGGGAAAGCAACCCCCCCUGCAUAUCAUGCCCAUCUUCAAAUGCGAAUCGGCGCUGGACGACGCAAAGAUCUUAACUGCCACCCAGAUCAUGGCUGCGCUCUCGGACAAGUGCAUGCCUGUUUCCCAGGUAGUGAGUGCGCAUUUUUUACGAGAUGCAAGUAAUAAAGUAUUUGCAAACACACAACUCAGUACGAAACAAGCAACAAAUGCGGCCCAGUCUAAGAGCGUGAGGUUCGUACACCAGGUUGCCAUGUCAUCGGGAAUACCGGAGGAUGUGUGGAUUCCCCAUCGGAAACAGAAAGUGCAGAAGAGCAACAAGUAUGUCGAGUGA